AUGUAUAAAAGUGAUCUUCCAAACUCAGAAGCUGUAGAUCAAGAACUCAUGUUUUGGAAAAGAAAAUGGUCUGUUAAUUCACUUGAGGAUAAGCUUAAUACUCUAGCUAAAGCCAUUAAAAUCUGCGAUGAAAAUAAAUAUCCUAAUCUCUUUGAGUUUCUAGAGGUCGGAUGUACACUACUCGUAACGUCCGGAGAAUGUGAACGCAGCUUUUCAGCAAUGCAAAGAUUAAAAAAAGGGUUGAGAGCCAGUAUAACUGUAGAUAGAUUUGGUUCAUUACCCAUCAUGAAUAUCCACUACAAUGAAUUUGUUGAUCAUAAACAAGUCUCAAAAUUAUUUUUUACUUUACAUCCUAGAAAAUUGUAUGAAAAAGUUUAG